AAAAAAAAAAGAAAAUUGUGGACAGUAAUGGGUUAAAUAAGAGUGGAGCUAGACGAGCACCUUGGGCUAAACCAGAGGAAACUUUUAUUAUUUGAGACUGGUAGCUGUCUAGUUUGUCAGUUAGGUAGAUAAAUAGAAAUCCAGUAUAAAAAAUCGUCCAGAAAACCCAACUGAAUUAAGUUUCAACAGGUUGUGGUCAACUCUACCAAAUGCCUUAGAAAAAUCUGUAGAUGGCAUCUAUGUGAUUACUAAGUUCAUGUUGUGUUGAUAGAAAACUUGCAAAAGAAAGAUUUUUUUUAUAGUUUAAUGAAGCAUAAUCAUUCAAAGUGUCAACAUUUUCAGGACCAAAAUGCAAAAAACAAUUUAUUUUGUGUAAUAAUAAUGUCAUGAUUUCCAAGUUUACCUUUGAUGUGUCAUCCAUGAGGAUACAUGGCAGUAGUAGCCCAUAACCCUGCAAUUUCCUCCUGUCAGAUAAGCAUGAGGAUAGGAUGAUAGUGUUUUAAAUAAAAUGUUUCGGGUUUUAGUCAAAUUCAAAAAUAUAAAACCUCAGCAUAUUUACUGUCAAAAAUCCGUGAAUUUGAACAGCUUAACGGCCGUCGAUGAACGGAAGGGUAGCCACUUUCUGAAGAGAAAAAUCGAGAAAAUGGUCAUUUGGUACGAACAGCUCACAGGCAUGGACGAAGUCAAGGAAAUGCAGAAUAGAGUCAUCGAAGCUCAGGUCAAGUUUUCCAAAGCUCAAGACGAGAGGUGGAAAGCGAACAAAGCCCUCCUUAAAAUACAACAAAGGCUCAAAGAGAUCUCAUCCGAGCUGGAUACGACGACCCGAGGAGAGACUAGAUAUUUACAACUGAUCACACAGGAGCACGAUAUUAUACAAGAGGAACGUAGGUUGAACAAUGAAUUUUUACUUUUGGAACGUGAGGAACGUGAAAGUUUUACGCUACUCUCUUCCUACGUAAAGGAAAGCCAUCAAAAAGAAAGGGCGCAAGCAGAGAGGACGAAAUACUGGUCUAUAAUUGGUUCAGUCAUAGGGACCAUCAUUGGAGUCGUCGGCAGCUCAAUCAAUAAUGAGUUUAAAAUCAGAGAACUCAGAAAACUAGUGAAAGAAACAAGCAUGAAAACCGCAUCGUUGACGCAAUUACCCACGUCAGAUGCUCUAAUACAGCAUGAAAAAGAAUUAGCGACGUUAUUAGGGGAUUUGAAAGAAUUAGUAACUAAUUACAGCACGGACAAAAAUGAAAAAAGUAUAAUGUUACGAUUGGACGAAAUGCUGCAUAACAGUGGAAAAGAAACAAUCGUUACGGAGAAAGUAGAUCAUCUUCAAGAAAGGGUCGAAGAGUUGAAAUCUAUGUUGAAAACCGUUCAGAAUUACGAAGGACAGCUUGUAGCGAUGCCUCCGGAUUUUGGAGACAUGCUGAACCAACAGAGGAAAGAGACUCGGAUCGUUGUAGCAAGCGUUGCUCUAUUCAGCUUAUUCGUCCCUCUUGCUAUAUCCUGGCUUCAAAGAUAAUAAAUUUACAUCAAGCUUGUACAUAGAUUCUUUGUGUUUUAUGAUGUUUCUUGACUUGUCGUUGUGCUCAUAUUUAAAGAGAGUAAUUCAAUGAUAGUUAUAAACUAAGGAGUAAAUCAUAAUCAUCAUAAAUCAUAUCCGACUAUAUAGAGCUUGAUAGCAUACGAUCAUCCAGGAUUAUCACAAUUGACUACUUAACAUGGUAAAAUAUGAAAACAUGCCUAAUAGAAAAAACAAGCAAAAAUAAGCAGACCGGGAUGAUUGCUGAAGAUAUUAUGUGCUUCACCUUUCAGACAUGACAAAACUGAUUCCUGAU